AUGCACUCAACCUUUAAUGGAGACUCUACAACUCACGGGUCCCCCAUCAUGACGACACACGAAGAACAAACAGACAUAUCCAAUAUGCCCGAUCUAGAGAAACUCGGGAAAGAGCGCCCAAAGACCUUUUCAGGACGAGGUCCUGAGCUAGCAUUCUGUUUCUCGAUUGUGAUGUCCCAGAUUCUAGCAGAAUUCUACAUAACAGGGUCCAACGUUCUUCUUCCAACCCUCGUAAAAGAACUCGGCAUUCCAGCAGGCACAACGAUAUGGCCCACCACUGCUCUCUCCCUCGCCGUCACAUCAACACUCCUAAUAUUCGGUCGUCUGACUGACAUGUACGGCGGCUAUGUCGUCUACAACGCCGGAGCGAUCUGGCUGACAAUCUCAUCGAUUCUCUGCGGCGUCUCUCAAACAUGGUUGAUGUUGAUUAUUUGCCGAGCUUUGCAAGGCUUAGCUCUUGGAGCCCUACUGCCCUCUGGGAUGAUGAUUCUGGGAAGUACAUACCGACCGGGUCCAAGGAAGAAUCUAGUUUUCAGCAUUUAUGGCGCUUGUGCUGCCUUGGGUUUCUUCGCUGGGUUCUUCGUCUCGGGAAUUUGUGGCCAGUAUUUGAGUUGGAGAUGGUACUUCUUUAUCGGCGCUAUUCUAUCGGCUAUUACGGCGGUCUCGUCAAUUUUCUCCGUUCAGCGCGAUUACUCAGAGAAGCGGGAGCUUGGGAUACGGAUGGAUUGGGUUGGGUUUGGCCUGUCGAUCUCGGGUGCAACCCUGUUUGUUUUCGCUAUUGCGGAAAGCUCAUAUGCUCCGCAAGGAUGGAGGACACCGUAUAUUCCGGUACUCUUUACUAUUGGUGCUAUCUUGCUUGGCGUUAUGGCUUACUUGGAAGGGUGGGUUAUUGAGAAUCCUUUGCUGCCGGGUGAUAUAUUCCGGGUUAAGUUCAUGACGCCAUUGGUGCUGGCAUUACUAUGUCUCUACGGAAGUCUUGGAAUAUUUCUCCUCUACGGAGUUCUAUACAUGUCGGAUUUCAUGGGUGCUACGCCCCUUCAAAUUGUCGCGUGGACAGUGCCGAUGGCCGUUGGUGGUCUCAUCCUCUCCGUUACUGGAGGUUUUAUUCUCCACAAAGUAUCCGGAACAGUGCUACUCAUCAUCUCAUGCCUUGGAUACGUCGGAUCGGGACUAUUAUUUGCUGUCAUUCCACUCGGUGGCAACUACUGGGCUUAUGUCUUCCCCGCAAUGAUUUGUGGCACCAUCGCCAUCGAUAUCAGCUUCAAUCUUGCGAAUAUAUUCAUCACAACAAGCAUGCCAAGGGCCAAGCAGGGCCUGGCUGGUGCUAUGAUCUAUUGUACCAUGCACAUGGGCAUUGCUGUCAUGCUGGGAUUCGCAGAUAUUGUUGAGACUCAAACGAAGCAUCUUGGUAAACGAGAGAGCUAUAAGGCGGUAUUUUGGUUUCAGACGGGGCUGUGUAUCCUUGGGCUUCUGAUUGUUCUGGGUUUUGUUAGAAUUCGCCACGCCAAAAGCGAAUUGACAGUGGAUGAAAAGGAUGAGGCAGGACAUGUGACUGCAGGGCAGAGUGAAAAGGUUUAA